GAAAGAAAAGUGAAAGAUUAUCAGCACUGAUUAUUUUGUAUGAGAAAAGGUGAACUGAAAAGGUGGAAAGAGACACAAGAAUGUCAGAAAACGAAAGGAAGAGUCAAGGAGUUCCCAAAGAAGCUCUGGCUAAACAAGACACAUCUUCAUUAACUGAUGCUGUAGAACAAGUUGCAAAGCAACAACAAUCACAAACAUCAGAAAUAGAAAGAAACAGAAAAAUUCUUUUCCAUUUGCAGAAUGAACUUCAUGAGCUUGAAACACAAAUAGCAUCUGUCUCUGCAGAAACUAAAGAAACAGAAAGGCAAAUUUAUCAGCAAGAUGCUGCCAUACAGAAUACCAGACUUCAGUGUGGAGACCUGGAAAAUCAAAUCAAAUCCUUACACGCAGAAAAUGUGAAGCUUAAAUCUGACAUAGAAACUGCCCAAGAAAAUUUUGAGGAACAAAUGAUAAAAUAUAAUGAAUACUAUGCCAAGAUAAAAGCACAUAAAGAUAGUUUGAGAGAGGUAGAGAACAAAUGGUCAUUUAUGACUGAACUCAAUGAGAAACGAGACCUUGUAAAAAAACUAAAGACAAUGAAAGAGGAACUUAAGCUGGAUCUCCAGAAUCCAGAAGGAAACCUGAUGAGACAAGCACAGGAAGAUAUUACAAAACUGAAGGAUGAAAUUGCAACUGUAGAAGAAUCCAUCAGUGAACAAACUUGUUUCCUUCAGGAAGAAAUAAAGACACAUGAAAAAUUAAGAAAAGAAAUAGAGGUACAACAUAAAAGAUAUGGUGCAAUUCUUAAGCGUUUGCACUGUCAGGUAAAUAAGCUUCACUCAAAUAGAAGACAAUGGCAAUGGAACAUCCAACAGCUGGAAAAAACCGCUGCUGAACUGAGAAAACGUAUUGGAAUGAAAGAUUAGCAUGG